AUGCUUGCAAAGUCUGGAGACGGUUUGGCCGUGGAGGAUCCUGACAUGGCGGCUGCCAAAACGCAUGCCUUGUCGGAAUUUGAUCACGUGCAUCCAUUCACCAGUGCGGCCGACUUGAAAGCACUCAGCAGGGAUGUGCUGGUGGGCCACAAGCUGGCUGUGAUCAUCGAUGCUGGGACGAGCAGGCUGAAGGUGAACUCCACCUACAUCGAUGUUUGCAAAGACAUUUUGACAGACUGCAACUUGUCAAAGUAUGCCAUUGGUAUAGUCCUUGGCCCAAGGCUCGAUUUGAUGGAUUCCCUCAUGAAACGGUGCCAGCAGCUCUUCAAAAGUUGUCGGACGGUCUUGAUACAGCUCACGGCGGGGCCAACUCAGAGGCUUGGAAAAGCUCUUCCGUCCUUCCUUAUCUUGGUCCACAGUGAUGCCUCUGUUCCUCUCCCUUAUUCGGCGGAGUUGCUGAAGCACAGGUCUGAGUCGAUGGAGCAGCCACGGUUGCGCUGCAUGUCGAAAAUGUGCUGCUUCCGGUCAUCGACGGAAAUGGCCCUUCUGAUCAGCGAUGGGAGCCAGCCACACGAUACUGCACAAGAGCUGAACAAGAGUGAUUGCGAAGAUGACCAGUGGGCCAUUUUCAAUGAGGCUGAAGCGGGCGCUGACGAGGAUACCAUGGACUGUGACGGCCUCGUGGACGAGGACCAGGGUUUCUACCAAAGCCUUCUGGAAGAUGUCAUGCAGGUGGCAGGCCUCCAACAGCUGGCAAUUCUGAGCACCUCCGGGCAUCCUGCUUGUGUCAUUGCUGGCCGGAAGAUUCAAGCUGAUCCCAGGUAUGCCAUUCUGCUGGGAGCAGGACGCUUUGUCAAUGACUAUGUUGGUGUGCGACGAAGUCCCAAUGCACAGUGGCGUGUCAACUACCA